AUGCUGCGGCCACUCACCGUACCCACUACACCCCUACGAGGAGUAGUGCGAGUCGACGGGGAAUAUGCCAAUUACUCUGCACCUACCCAAACAUGGGUCAACACGGUUCCCCUUCUGCCGCCAGCACUUCCAGAAAUCCUGAGUCAAAUGUCACUGCGACGAACCAGUGCCAUGAGACAAAGAAUGACUCCACAUCGGCUGACCCAGUCAUCCCCAGCGCUGCGCGAGACCUCACGAAUACGAUCGGCCAUAUCCUCACGAAAGCACACUCCUACGCGUAAAAUCAGUGACCACUUAACCAUCAGGAGGCGGCGGCGCUCUUCUUCUGGAGUUCCCUAUGAGUCAGCGUUUUCAGGAACAUUAAAUAAAGACUUUUUGAGGCUAUUUUCUCGAACGCUUGUCAAGGAAAAGAAACAACUGAUCGAAGAGCCCGACGACCAGGUGUACAGAGCUUUGGACAAACAGUACAUGAUUGCCUCGGUAAGUCCGCAGGGUCCCGUCCGAGACUUUGAUUUGUCUUUGCCCUUGCCCCUCUCGGAUGGUGAAAUGGACUCUUGCGAAGAAAUCCCAUCACCGGUGCACUCACAUGAGAAAGAUCCCAAAAUCAUCCCCGAGAAUUCGAAGCCGGUCUUCAAGAGUUACCUCGAGCAGAUUUUAGAAAGUCGUCUGAAGAAGCCAAUGCAGAAAUUCGAUUUGAUGUUUGACAAAGAGUCUUCGGAAGAAGCAGCUCGUCCAGACAAAUUGAAGAACAUGAUCAACACAUCCAAAUUUAUUAUUGAAAACACUUUGUCUGGUCUCCCCGAAGCAAGUUUUGACACGCACCCAAUGGAGUCGUUUAUGAAACUAGCAGAACCUGUAGCGUUCGGCCUCCUUCACGAUGAUGCGUCAUCCAAUGAAUCCAGCGAAAAGGAAAACCUGACAUCAAACAUGGAAGGACCUUUCCGCUCCAUUCGACUGCCACAGAUAGGUCUUGGAAAUAAGACCCCGGAAAGUUAUGAUAUAAAAUUUGACAAUAUUGAUCAAUUGGAUGUACCCAGUUGGGAUCCUGUGCCCAUUUACAACGAUUCUGACACCCUGCACUUGAGCAUUGCAAAUGUUAAUGCCUCUGAUCCAGAUUCUGAGCUGUCACACACAGAGAUAGUCCUGGGUCACUAUACAGUUGAUAACAAUGAUAUAAUUACCGAUCAACCAUCGUUUGACGCUGUAAAUUCUGAUUUUGCGAGCCAUGUGACACCAUCACCUCAUACUAGUCCUAUUCGGAUACAAGCCAUGAAUUCGAGGUCGAAUCUGUCCCGAAACUUGAACUUACCCAAAAAUUUAGUGAAAGGAUUGGUUUCUGUUGCACAGCACCUUCCGCUGAAAGCUUUAUCCAGAAGUCCUCCGCGAAAGAAACAGAAGUUACGAAGAGUAAAACCAGAUGUAAUUAACUUACUAUCCCAGAAAUCAAAUGAAUUCUUACUGCACGUGAUGCAAGAUUUGACGGAUUAUGCAGUUCACAGAAGCUCUGAUCAAAUUAAUAUAUCAGAUGCUCUUUUGUUUGUGAAUCGCAUUAAUUCACGUCAUAAACUUUUAGGAGAAGAGAUUGAGUUCCCGAAGUUGGCCCAAAAUGUGUUUCCUCUUGAGCUGUUGAUGUCCCUAGAUAACAGUCUUCAGGAGUCCGUCGAAACUACCUUACGUAAACGGUCGAAAAAUCCCGAAAAUCUGACGCCCAAAGAGUGA